AUCUCUUGUAACACAACAAGAAGAGGAGGAAGACAGGAGCGGUGGACUCAUGUCAGAACAGGCUGGGAUGUAUUUUUCCAGGUGAAACAUGAAGACUCUGAUGGUGUUCGAUUUCGACCACACUGUGGUGGAUGACAACAGUGACACUUGGGUGAUAAGAUGCCUUCCAGAUCAGACUCUUCCGGACUCUGUGGAGAACUCCUACAGAAAAGGCCACUGGACUGAGUUCAUGGGCAGAGUGAUGAACUACAUAGGAGACCAGAAGGUCAGCCCCGACAGGGUCCGCAGUGUGAUGGAGACCAUCCCCUUCACCGCUGGCAUGACGGACCUGCUGACGUUCAUAUCCGAUCACAAGAGCACCAUUGACUGCAUCGUCAUCUCUGACUCCAACACCGUGUUCAUAGACUGGAUCCUCCACGCAUCUGGACUCCAGGCAGCUGUUGACCGGGUCUUCACCAACCCGGCUAAGUUCAACGAGCUCGGGUACAUGGAGGUGCAGUGCCACCACUCUCACGACUGCGAUCGCUGCCCCGUCAACCUUUGCAAGAGAAAGGUCCUGGAGCUGUACCUGUCGGAGCAGUGCGAUGGCGGCGUGGAGUACGAGCGGGUGCUCUACGCGGGCGACGGCGGGAACGACCUCUGUCCCACUUCCUGUCUGACGGGGCGUGAUGUCGUGAUGCCCAGGAAGGGGUUCACCCUGGAGAAACUGCUGGCCAGACUGGAAGACGACGCGUCUCUGAGGGCUAAAGUCAUUGUGUGGAGCAGUGGCACUGACAUCCUCGAGGAACUGAAAGCAAGUAUGCAGUCGUAGGCGGGGCCAUGGAGCACGAUACUUGAUCAAAGUCUCAGUUGCAACUUGAAACUGAAAUAUUGCACUUGCAGUUAAAAAAAAACUAAACAAUUGACUGCCAAGAGAGUAUUUAUAUUUUUUAAAGUACAAUUCUGUUGGUAUAAUUAUAUAAAAUUAGGUACAAAUCCUUGACAGUAACAGCCCCCUCAAACAAGUUUGGACUCUGAGCUACAGUAAAAUAUUUGCCUUUUAUUCAGAUGUGGUGGCAUCUGUGCCCAAUUACAAUACAAACACGGAACCGAAGCAAUGUUUACAUUCAGCUGAAAUUGGGGGAUCAAGGUUUACAGAAAAGCCCCAGUACGAGACAGCAGGUUGACUGGAAAGACAGUUUGUGUUGUGAUGGCAACUAGCUGUCGAGUGUUCGUGCUAAACUAAGUUAAUCGAUCUCCACAUUUAUAUGAGAGACACGAUCGUGGUACGGAUCUUCUCACUUAAAGGCGCUUUAUGUGAUAUUGAGAGCGCAUCUAUUGCAACAUGGCGACGGCUGAGCUGGCAGCUUGCAGCUAACAGUGCUAACUACGGCAAACAGAGCUGACAGUGUUUACCUGAGGGGGAACCGGAGGGAGGGGGAGGGGGAGUGCCACGCUUCCGUUAUGGACUGUAACCGCCGUAGGAGAGCAGUGCUACGUUUCAAAGCAACGAGAAGCUCGGACAGCAACACGCGCUAUAUCUUCACACAGCGAAUAGUUGUUCGCUGCUGCAUUAAUGCUCUGAAUAUCGAAUAGAGAACCUUUAGCGCUGGGCAAGAAAGCAAAUCAUUGCAUUUCCCAAAAUAUUAUCCCUUAAGAGAAUCUUAACCCCAAGUAUCACCUGUUGUUACCAUCUUCCAACCACAUUAAAACAUACUAUUUUAAUCCUCUCCUUCAGCACUUCAUGUCAUUACCAUAUGUUCAUAAGUACGGGUUUAUAACUAUCAGUUAUGAUAUAUGAUGUGGCAGCACUUCAGCUAACUGAUUUGCUUUUAAAAACACUUUUAAACACCGUGUGACUCUACCCAUGUACCAGCAUAUAUUGUAUUGCAAUAAGCCUUUUUUAUUCAGGCAGACAGUUUGACUCGUCGUAGUAGGAGAAGCACAGGUGACACUCUUUAGUGAGGCAUGUCACUGACAGUGAGCCAUAAUUCACAUUCAUUCAUUUGGUAAUUCUUUCACCUCUGCUUUCCCCACUGUGACAUGUCGAAAUGUCUUCAGCGAAUAAGGAGUGUAAUAGUAUAGCUAAUAAAUCUGAUGGAGUCUGGGCCAGGAGACAGCAUUUCAAACACAACACCUCCACAUUCAUUUACCUCAGUUGCACAAUAUUCUGUCAAGAUUACUUCAAUCCAUUUAGUCAAAUCCAUUGUUCAUAAUAUGUCAAAGUUGUCUCAUGUUACUUAAUCAAGUGAAAAAAUGAACUUCCCUGAUACUACAAUUUUAAAGAUCAUCAUGCAGUAAUGGAACACAUAUUGAGCCUCUUAGGGAUCACCCAUAGUUGUAUUUUGGAUUAUAUUUUUGCUCUUUGUAUAAUGAAUCCAAAAUGUGCUGCUCUGAGAUUGUGAACAUUUCUUCCCUCCGGUGAUGUUGAGUGUUUGAUAUCUCAGCUCUGUGGUUUGUAGUCCUACACGUGACGCUAUCUUGAUUGUUUGAACCAGGUUUAGAUGAACUGAUCAUGUUAACGCUGAGUUGGCUCCAUUGAAUGGCUUGAACCUCAAUUUAUUAUUUAAGCUCAAUGAACAAAAGUCCGAACUGCUGUUUUUAAUCCAUCAAUGCUUCACACAUUCAGUAAUAUUAAUCAGAUGUAUUCAAAAUGAUCCUGGGACUUGGUCCAUAUAUACCAGCGAUGCAACAUGUGAAAUGUGAUUUGUUUAUUCUUAAUCUUGUGAUUCUAAUGAUGCAAUUAAAACCAGAAACCUCUUGGAUUCUUUCCCCCCCUCAUGUCUUCAUAGAACUGUGUUGUGGGGGGUUCGGUUGCAUGAGUCAAUAUGGAAAUAGUUCCAUUUUUUUCUUUGUGUAAAUAAAUGGAGUGGACAAAAUACUAGAAA